CUAAGCCUGAAACAUUUUUUUCCCCUUCUCUUUCCCCUUCCCUGCUUUUUUGGGAUCAGCCCACAAGUGACUGGCUCUCCGGUGACGCAGUGUCUACUCUGAGGCUUUCUUUGAACCAUUAGCAGACAGGCAGAGACACUUUUUUUUUUUGGUGUUCCUCUCCUCCUUCUCUCUGUCUUUCCACCCCCCUCUCCUUCACCCCAGCCCCUCCAGCGUCCUCCCUCCCGAGCAAGAGGAGGACAGAAGGGAGAAAACAAUUGCCCAACUCAGGAGUUCUGCAAGGAGAGAAGGCGAGAGAGAGAGAGUAGGGGGAGGGAAAAUCCAACCUCCAUCCAAAAAAAGAAAAAACCCUUCAGCAAAACCUAUCCCUGGGCAUGAAACUCACUAAUCUCGCCUGCUCUCCAUGGCCACGGAUGCUGCAAUGCGCGCUCUUCUGCGUCUUGAGCCUUGAUCUGCGUCUCGGCGCUGCUCGCUCAGAUUCCAAGGUGUUUCUGAUUUACAACAGCAGGCUGCAGGGCUGCUUGGAGACCAAGGACACCCUGGUGAAGGUCUCUAAACCCUGCAACGUCAGCGCCCCAGCCCAGCAGUGGAAAUGGGUCUCCCGGAACCGACUCUUCAACCUCGGGACCAUGCAGUGCCUCGGGGUCUCCUGGCAGGGCAUCAACUCCACCGCAGCGGUGCAGUCCCUGGCCACCUACGAGUGCGACCGCGAGUCCGUCAACAUGAGGUGGAGCUGCCGGAGCUUAGGGGAGCAUCUCUCUCAGUAUCUGAACGCCAAGGCAGGGAACCUCUCCCUGGCUCCUGUCGAGAGAGGAGAUCAGGCACGCGGCGGGCAGUGGAGCGUCUACACCACCCAUGAAGAUUUGUGCUCCAGCCCCUACUCUGAAAUUUACACCAUCCAAGGCAAUUCCCACGGGAAGCCCUGCACCAUCCCCUUCAAGUACGACAACCAGUGGUUCCACGACUGCACCAGCACGGGCCGGGAGGAUGGGCAUCUGUGGUGCGCCACCACACAGGAUUAUGGAAAAGAUGAACGAUGGGGCUUCUGUCCCAUUAAGAGCAACGACUGCGAGACCUUCUGGGACAAGGAUCACCUGACCAACAGCUGCUACCAGUUCAACUUCCAGUCCACCCUGUCCUGGCGGGAGGCAUGGAGCAGCUGUGAGCAGCAGGGGGCCAACCUGCUGAGCAUCACCGAGAUCCACGAGCAGACCUACAUCAACGGGCUGCUGACAGGAUACAGCUCCACCCUCUGGAUCGGGCUCAAUGACUUGGACAUGAACGGGGGCUGGCAGUGGUCCGACAACUCGCCCCUGAAGUACCUCAACUGGGAGAGCGACCAGCCUGACAAUCCCAGCGAAGAAAACUGCGGGGUGAUCCGGACGGAGUCCUCGGGGGGCUGGCAGAACAGGGACUGCAGCAUCGCCCUGCCCUAUGUUUGCAAGAAGAAACCCAAUGCCACCUCCGAUCCGUUCACGACAGACUCCUGGUCGGAGGUGAAGGUUGAUUGUGAGCCUACCUGGCAGCCCUUCCAGUCCAGCUGCUACCGGCUGGUUGGCGAGAAGAAGAGCUGGCAAGACGCGAAGAAGACCUGCUUGCGUGGCGGUGGGGACCUGGUGAGCAUCCACACGCUCUCCGAGCUGGAGUUUGUCACCAAACAGAUCAAGCAAGAUGUCGAGGAGCUCUGGAUUGGCCUGAACGACCUCAAGCUGCAGAUGAAUUUUGAGUGGUCAGAUGGGACGCCGGUGAGGUUCACGUACUGGCACCCCUUUGAGCCCAACAACUUCCGAGACAGCCUGGAGGACUGCGUGACCAUCUGGGGACCGGAAGGGAGGUGGAACGACAGCCCGUGUAACCAGACGCUGCCCUCCAUCUGUAAGAAGCCCGGCCGGGUGAGCCAGCGGGGAGAGGAGGAGGAGGACCACGGCUGCAGGAAGGGUUGGAAAUGGCACAGCCCCUCCUGCUAUUGGCUAGGAGAAGACCGUGUGACCUACAGCGAUGCACGGAAGAUGUGCACUGACUACAAGGCCACCCUCGUCACCAUCACCAACAGGUUUGAGCAGGCGUACGUCAGCAGCCUCAUCUAUGGCUGGGACAGUGAGUAUUUCUGGACGGCGCUGCAGGACAACAACAAAACGGGCGCUUUCCGCUGGCUGAGUGGCGACGAGGUCAUGUACACCCACUGGAACCGCGACCAGCCCGGUUACAACAAAGGCGGUUGCGUCGCCCUGGCCACGGGGAGCUCCAUGGGGCUAUGGGAGGUGAAGAACUGCAGCACAUUCAGGGCUAAAUACAUCUGCAGGCUGAACUUGGUCACCCCGGUGAACCCCGAGUUACCAGCCCCAUACCCGACGCCCAGCCUCACCGGCUCAUGCCCCCAGGGGUGGAGCUCGGACCCCAAGCUCCGACACUGCUACAAGGUGUUUAACUACGACAAGCUGCAGGACAAGAAGACCUGGAUUCUGGCCCAGCUGUUCUGCCGUGACCUGGGGGCGCAGCUUCUCAGCCUGGGCAGCUAUGAGGAGGAGCAUUUUGUGGCCAACACCCUGAACAAGAUCUUCGGCGAAUCGGAACCGGAGAUCCACGAGCAGCACUGGUUCUGGAUUGGCUUGAACCGGCGGGAUCCUGGAGCAGUGAGGAGCUGGAGGUGGAGCGACGGCCUCGGGUUUUCCUACCACAACUUUGACCGCAGUAACCAUGACGAUGACGACAUCCGUAACUGUGCAGUGCUGGACCUGGCGUCCUUGCAGUGGAUGCCCAUGCAGUGUGAAUCACAGCUGGACUGGAUCUGCAAACUGCCCAAAGGUGCUGAUGUGAAGGAGCCAGAGAUCCCCACCCAAGGCAGCAAAGAGUGGGUGAAAUAUCAGGACGCAGAAUACAAAUUCUUUGAGCAUCACUCAACCUGGGUGCAGGCUCAGCGGAUCUGCACCUGGUUUCAAGCCGAGCUGGUGUCGGUUCAUAACCAAGCCGAGCUGGAUUUUUUGGGCCAGAGCCUGAAGAAGUUCUCCAGGGGCCAGGAGCAGCACUGGUGGAUCGGGUUGCACACCUACGAAAACGACGGGCGAUUCAAGUGGUCCGACGGCUCCCUCCUGAACUUCAUCUCCUGGGCGCCGGGCAAGCCGCGGCCAAUCAGCAAGGAGAAGAAGUGCGUGUACGUGACGGCCAGCAGAGAGGACUGGGGGGACCAGAAGUGUCUAACUGCUCUGCCGUAUAUCUGCAAACGGAGUAACACCACUGCUGUGAAGCCCUCUCUGCCACCACUGCCCACGCCCGUUCCUGGCGGCUGCGCACGGGGCUGGAUCCCGUUCAUCAACAAGUGUUUCAGCAUCAAGGGCCACAACAAGGCCGAGCAGGUGAAGUGGCAGGAAGCGAAGCAAGCAUGUGAGAGCCAGGGCGCCGUGCUGGCCACCAUCUCCAACCACCUAGAGCAAGCUUUUAUAACCUCCAUCCUUCCCAAUGUGACCUUUGACCUUUGGCUCGGCCUCCACGACGCCAAGCAGGAGUUCCAGUGGGUGGAAUCGGAACCUCUUCGAUACGUCAACUGGGCCCCAGGGGAGCCCUCCGGGUACGGCACCUCCACAGCGAACGACAAACCGACUAACUGCGUGAUGGUUUGGCACGGCUCCCCUCCCCACUUCACUGGCCGCUGGGACGACAGGAACUGCCUGGAGGAGAAGCACGGCUACAUCUGCCAGCGGAGCAUAGACCCAGCUCUGAGCUCAUCCCGGACCAGCUACCCCCCGUCCCCCAGCUCCCUGCUCUCCUACCUCAACAGCACCUACCGCAUCCUGCAGAAACCCUUGAAGUGGCAGGAGGCCCUGCUGCUGUGUGAGACCCGCAACGCCACGCUGGCCAGCGUGCUGGAUCCCUACACCCAGGCCUACCUCACCCAGGCCAUCAGCAGCUUGCGGGCCCCGCUCUGGAUCGGCCUGGCCAAUGAGGAGGGAGGCCGGAGCUAUUCCUGGCUCACAGAAGAGAGCCUCUCCUAUGUCAACUGGCAGGAUGGGGAGCCUCGGCAGAUCACAGGCUGCUCCUACGUGGACGUGGAUGGGACCUGGCGGACGGCCGGUUGUGACACCAAACUGCAAGGGGCUAUCUGCAAGGUCAACACAGGGUUCCCCCCGUCACACAAGUGGAGUUACAGUGGGAGCUGCCCGAAGUCGGUGGAGGAUUCCUCCUGGAUCCCCUUCAGGAAUCACUGCUACACUUUCCACAUGGAGGUCACUCUGGGGCAGAAGGACGCCAUGAAGAGAUGCCAGAAAGCCGGCGGCACGGUGUUGUCCAUCCAGGAUGAGAUGGAGAAUGUGUUCGUUUGGGAGCAUCUCCAAGCCUACGAGAGCCAGUCCAAGGGCGCCUGGUUGGGGAUGACGUUUAAUCCCAAAGGAGGCACCUUGGUUUGGCACGACAACACAGCCAUGAACUACUCCAACUGGGGCCAGCACGACACCAGCCCCAGCAUGCUCAGCCAGAACAGCUGUUAUUGGAUCCAGAGCAGUAACGGGGUCUGGCACCUGGGCUCCUGCUCGAAUGUCACCAUGGGGCUCAUUUGUAAGAUCCCCCGAGUUGAGGAGAGCAGCUUCUCCCGAUCAGCUCUCCCGGACAACACGACCGCCAUCGCCGUGGUUGUCCUCUCAGCACUAGCGCUGUGCGCGUUGAUUGCCCUCGCCGUCUACCUGUACAAGCGCCGGCGGAGCUCCGAGCGGGGGGCCUUUGAGAGCGCCCGCUACAGCCGCACCACCUCCAACCCCAGCGAAUCUGCCGAGAAGAACAUUCUGGUGUCUGACAUGGAGAUGAACGAACAGCAAGACUAAUGGGGGGAGCAGGGGGGGGAGGGGGAGGGACUGAGAGUACCAGGCACACUAUCUCCACACCAAAUACACAAGGUCAGCAAAGGACAACAGCAGAAUCACUGCGGCUGGGACUGGGAAGAAGAGCCAAACGGGGUCUGGGGUGGAACCAGGGCCUUUGUCACCAGGAAAUCAAACACGGGGCCAGCAGCGUCUCCCUCUCGCAUGCCCUGGGAGGCACAAAGCCGCCCCGUUGGUUUGCAGCACCCGUAGGAGUUCGGGGGAGGGCAGUGUCGCCCAGUUAGGGCCUUUCAGAGACCUACACAGGAGCCAAGGCACCUGCGACCCUGAGGUACUAAUAGGCUUUAGCAUUUAGGGCCAUUAUGUGGCUCUCUGGACUGGCUCCCCUGAGGCCACAUAGGAGACAGGCUGGUGGCCAGAGAGAACUUCCCUCCAGGUGAGAGAUCUCUAAACCCAACCCUUCCCCCCCAUCUAUGUAUCCAGGCAGGAGGGCUCCCCACCCCUCCCCAAGUGUCUGUGUCUGAGCUAUCUCCACCACACCUCCCUGGGUUACUGCAGCACAGACGCUUUCUCCAUCCCUCCCUCAGUUAGCAGAGCAUGGCCACACGGCCCACGUUCCCUCCAGCAAUGGCAGUGUGGGUAUCCCGGUGACCGGAGCGUGGCAUCCCACUAACUCCCCUGGGAUCAGAUCAGAGGCCCUCCUUUCCCAUCCCCCCCGCCAGAUACAAGAGUGUGAGCACUCCCUUCUCUUCUAGCACUUCGUCUGAUUGGGGGGGGGGCUGAGGGGGGCUGCAAGGGAAUGGUUUUCCAUGUAGCCUUUGUUCCCAUCCUGUCAUUUUUCCUGCGACUUCUCAUCAUGUCACAGUGCAAUUAUAUUUAUUCCAUAGGGUGUCAGAGACUGGAUCCCUUGCCCAUCCCCACCCCAACUUCUCCUCUCCCGUGGACUCAAACAGAGCCACGUCCACCAUGCCUGAAUGAUGUAGAGAACUGGAAGAUGAGCUGACCCGCUUUGUCUCAUGUGCCGAUAAGUGGCUUAUGCCCAAAGCUGCUAGGCUACGAGACUUGAGCCACCAAGCAGCCUGGUCGGUGUGGUUCUGAUUGCAGAUUUCUGACAGGAAGCUCAGAGUAAGGAAUGAAAGGCCCCUGACUCUACAAAAUGUUCCUGGGCCAGAUAUGGCCUAGCUACAGAGCUUGUUUACACACAGCAGAUGUGUUCAUUAUACGUUCCUUUAAUGCUCUGCCAGAGAUGGUUGACAUGCGUUUAAAUCAGGUAUUUUACACACACUGCCAUGUGGUGGCUGAGCAGUGUAACAGUUUAUCGUUCCCAUGACUUCACCCCCAUUAAGUUCUACAUUCCUACCUUACAAUAUUUGAACUAUCACAUUGUCUUUGAAGUUCAGUACAUAUCAGUCUGUUAAGUGCCUCUGAAUCAUACUGUUCUUCUAAUUACACAAGCCAAAUAUGGAACACUUGGCUAUCUGGCUAGCUGUUAGUUGCAGCAACUGGCAGUGGUCGGUUUGGAAUCUUUGAGGAGUCAUUUUGCCUCUGCCAUGUGCAGAGUUUGCUCUGUUGAUUGUUCUUUCUGAGGAACAAACAGUAGAUGUCAAUGGUUUUGGUUGAACUCUCCACUGUUGGUCUCGGUCACACAUGAUCUGGGUGCUGAAUUCUUUUUCUUUACAACAGCUGGAGUUGCCCAUCCUUUUUCUCCAUCCAGUUUGACGUGAACAGUCACCAGGUUCUAGACCUGGUGGUUCUCUGAGUGGCAUUUGUUCUAAAAGUGUUCAGAAGCUCUUUCAGCCUUUUUAUCCAAUUUGGCUAUUCUCUUCAUGUGUGGCUAUUUUGGAAAUAUGUUCUUUUCCAAAGCUGGAACAUAAGGUGUGAGUUGUCUUCCCAUCAGGAGUUGUGCUGGACUGUAUCCAGUAGCUGUUGUUGUUGCUGAUUUGUAACUCAGAAAAGCAAUGAAUGUAUCUUCCUGCUGUAGGACUUUCCUGUCUGCCUGUAGAGCUCUCUCAUCUCUCCAUUCGCUUGUGGGUAAAAUGAGAUGCUAGUAAUAUGAUUAAAAUCAUUAUUUCAUUUGGAAUGACUUAAAUUCUGCUGCAGUGAAUUGUGGUCCAUUGUUCAUCACUAGUUAUCCUGAAAUACUGAAGUGUGCAAAAGUGCAUUUCAGUUCCUCGAUAACAUUGCAACACGUUAUGUUUUUCAAGUACAUUAUUUCUCUAUAUCUGGAAAAAUAGUCCACAAUGACCAGGUAAUGAUGUCCUCUGAAUUCACAUAAAUCUGCAGCUAGUCUCUUGCCAGGUCUGUCUGGUAGAGAUGUUUGUACACUGUAUGGUUCAGCAUUGUUUCUUAAGUUGAUUUGUACUGAAUUGCCUCUCAAAAGUCCAAUAUCAUCAGAUCCUCCAUUGAGUUCUUCCACCUUUCUCACUAGGCCUAUCACGGCUGCUACGCUUCAGCUGAGAAGGUUGUUCAUCUUUGAUCCUGUGUACUCUGAACGCAAAACGUUUGACUUUGUAAGUUGUUUCUAUGGUGAACUGGUCCAUGCAGUUCAGAAUACCACCAGGGCUAGUCAGAGCUGUGUCAAGUGACUUUUGCUCUGGGAGGUGUGGAAGGUGACUGUGUCUCUCUUCUGACAUGACUGUGACAUCAGCUCCUGCAUCAAUUUUAAAGUCAAUAGUCUUGCUAUGAAUAUUCAGUUUCACUCUCCAGGCAGGUGUGUCAUCACAAGUGGUAGAUCCCAGAAACAAUGGCUCUUGAUUGUCUGUAAUAUGAGUCACCUCCCUGACUGCUUUGGUGCGGCAAAUAGCUGGAAAAUGUCCAUAUUUUCUGCAUUUAUUACACCGUGUGCCUCUGGCUGGAUAUGCAUCAUCUCUUGGGAUAUGACUUUGUUCACACCAUGUGCGUGUAGGCUGGAAUUUGUCCCUCUUAGCCUGGAAGUUCUUUUUCCUUGCCUCAGGGGCUUUGUGAUAAUGACUUUUAACACUCAACUGUCUUUUUACAGUUUCUAAACCAUUAGGUUUUUCAAGUUUGUCAAGUUGAUCUGGGUUUUGCUGUCUCACCAGCUCAGAAUGCUUUGCUCUCUGUAUAGCUGUGGCUAGGGUUAAAUCUCUCUUCAAUUGUAGCUGCUGUGAAAGGUUUUUAAUCUGUUAACCCAGUAGCUAGCGCCUCUCUGAUAUUUUCAUGUUUUGCAUUUCCAAAUCACAGUUUUCAGCCAUUGUAUGCAGAGCUCUCAUAAAGCAUUAAGCAUUUUCCCCUGGUUCUUGAAUUCUCUGGUGAAAACAAUGCUUUUUCAUAAACCACAUUUCUCUGAGGUAUAAAGUAUGCAUCAAACAUAGCCAGAACCCUUUCAUGGUCAUCUUUGUCUUCAGGAAAGUCAAGGAUUUAAAGAUACGUUCUGCUUGUUUCCCCAUAGCAUAAAUUAAAGAAGAUACCUAUAUAUCAUCCGUUUCCUUGUUGAGCUUGGUAGCAAUGUGAAACUUGCAAAAUAUGGUUUUCAUUCUGUCCAUUGUGAAGGUUUGUCAAAGCUGAAGUUCUCGGGGGCAUUGAGAUCCUGCAACCUUUGUUGUUUUGUUCCUUCUAUUUGAAACCUUUGUUGCUGUUUUCUUUCUGGUUCUAUUCUUAUUUUACUCCUGUCACCACAUCAUGUUCUUCUAUAGGAGAAUAUGGACUGGCUACAGAGUUUGCUCAUCAGAAGAUCCUUUAAUGCUCUGCCAGGUAUGACUGAGGUUCAUUUAAAUAAGGUAUUUUACACAUAGUGCCACCUAGUGGCCGAACUGUAUAAUACAGUUUAGCAUUCCAUGACACUCACUGCUCUCCCUCUUCCAGUACCCAGCCGCAGAGCUGCCAGACAGAUGGUCUUUCUCCUCUCUCUGUCUGUUCCCCUCCAUCCCCAGCAUGGACCAUUCCAUACCAGCCAUUCUGCUGUUAAUCUCUGCUGACUUUCAGACCAAUCGUGUUUCUUGGGAGAAAACAACCCAAAGUGUUUAGUUUGUUUUCUGUUGUGUUUGGAAUUGGUUGCCUCACUCGGACUGUGAUAAAAGGGGGGUGGGUUUGAUUUUGGAUGUUUGUUUGGGUUUUUUUAAAAGGAAAUGAUAGCUUCUCGCUAUACUGUAUUGAAUGCGUGCUGAAUAUAUACCUUUUUUUCACACAGAUGGCCGGGGAGUUUGUGGUUGCCUGUUUCAUGUGUUAAGUGUAGCUAGGAAGGAGGAAGGCAAUGCAUGGCCAAUACCCUUCUUUCAUGCUUUUGAGCUGUGCAAUAAGAGAAGCCUGGGUUUCCUGGGGAAGAAACCAGGAAUGGAACUCAGCUUUUCCACUCCACCAUCUGGCUUCAGCGACAAACGCUUUGCCAGAGUCGGGAUACCAGAUGACUGGAGACAGCGAGAGACAUUCGGCCCUUGAGGGGUGAUCUCUGAUAGGAAUGGGACGUGAAGGAGGCCUUCAACAUCUCUGGAGCGGGACAGCAUGCCCCUGCAAGAGACACUUGGUUUUAGCCCUCUGCCUCCGAGGCGUGAAUUUUUGUUGUUCUAAAGACAAUGGGAAAUAGCUAAUUUUUGUUACUCUAAUGAUUAUGAAUUUUAAAAUUUGUUGAUUUCACUUAAGCUGGAAAUUAAGUGUUUGUAAAACUGUUUUUCUGGUGGGUUUUUUUUUUUUUUUUUUUUGUCUUUUUGGUUGGUUUAUUUUGGGUGGUGUCUAAAAUCUGCCACAAUAGUUCACCGUGAGGGGCAACUUGCAGACAAUGGAACUGCCCCACUUCCAUUUCUUUGUUGUGGCUUUCUCUGUGUUUAUUUCCUGAGGAUUUUUUCCAAUUCAGAGCUGUUUGUUUGUACACAUUGGGGCGGGGGCGGGCGGGCUGUGUGGCUCAGUGAACAAAUGCACUAGCCUUUGAGCUUUGAAGAUCUGGGUGGAAAAACCUGAUGAGGAGGAAAAUGAAUGUGCUGAGCUCAUCCUAAUCCCCAGUGGGCAUUUAGCUACAUCACAUACAAAACAACAUUGUUAGCAUUGGCAGCCUCUUCCCCAGGGAUCUUCAGAACUCAAAUAGCAGGCGGGUUGCUUGGUCUGAAUAGAGGUCUACUGGCAUAGCUGUGUGGGGGCCCCAGGUUGGAAAAGAAAGGUGGUGCUGGUUGGGGCUGAAGAGCUCAGAGGGGUCCCUGUACUGAAAUAGCAGGGGAUUACAGCACUUUUUAAAAAAAAAAAGGGGGGGGCUGGUUAUGUUUCUGAUCAAUUCUUUUUCUUUCAAGGUGAAAUAACAAACUCAGAACUGCACAAUCUAGGGGAAAUUCUGCAUGGAAAGAUUCCUGUCAUCAGUUGACAGUGAUUGGGAUUACCGGAAAAAUUCAUAUACAGUUAAAUGGUAUUUCCUAUCACCGUUAGAAUAAUGUGAAGAAAUGCUUGAAAGGACCCUAUCCAUUAUAUGUUUUUCUUUAACUCUCCAUGUUUUGUAAGAGCCUUCUAGAAACUUGGAAAUAAAAUUCCUUUCCCCACCAAUUUUUUUCUUUUUUUUC